AUGGCAAAGUUGCGAAUUGGGGCUUGUUUUAUGGAACGCCGCCUCGUUCCUCAUUGGGGACAGAGUGGGGACAAUCAAGAAGAAGACAGGCUCAAGAAAUUAUUGGUUCAGCAUUCAUCGUUGCAACUUUACUUCAGUACAAUACCUCGGUCUCAGGUCGGAAUCUCCACUGCUACAAGUAUCUGCUCCACCGCCACGGGCGCCGUCGCCAGCGGCAGAUUGCACGGUCGUUCUCUCAUCGCUCUAUUUGAGGUCCAAACGUACCAGACGAAAAAAAUGGAGUUCGACACUCGCGACCCAGAGGAAAAAAUGGCGAGCUUUAGCCCAUGGAAACGGGGACGCUCCGAGUCUUGGGGUCACUGCCAAAUUGGCCGGCAUUCUUUUUGGGAAGAGUUUGAUACUCAUACCUUUGCCAAUAUGGACUUGGACAUUGACACGAAAAGAGCUGCUACGAAAGCUUCUCCAUUUGUUGUCAGCCUUGUCUCCCUUUCAGGUGGGAAGCCACUAUUUAUGGGCUCUGGCACUAUCGUGGAUUGCGAGGAAGCUAAUGGUGCACACCUCAGUACUAGUACUAUCUUGACUUCAGCCAGUCUUUUCAGAACUUCUGCUGAAUCAGACGCCUUACCUAAUGAUAUCAAGGUUGAAGUGUAUUUAUCAGAUGGUACAUUACUGGAUGGUCAAGUGUACGCCUGCGAUUUCCACUAUAAUCUUGCUUUGGUUAAGAUUGAAUCUGGUGCAUUGUUGCAACCAGCAAGUCUAAGGAAUCUGGAUGACUCUAUCAGUAUACAUCCUUGUGAAAUCCAAAGCGGGACGGGUUCUGAAUCUUUUCAGCUUCGUCCCCAUUCUGAUUUAUUUCAUCUUUGUCCUGGAGACAAGGUUGUUGCUCUUGGCCGGUACUUUGAGGAACCACAUGAGAUUAUGGCUGCCCCAGGGGAAUUCAGGAGAUUCUGUCGACAUUGGCUUGGAAUGCAGAUGACUAAUCUCUGUGCUGCAAGGUUGGGCCUGUUGGAAAAGAUAAUCCAAAAGUUUCCCAACGUCUCCAAAGGUGUUCUUGUUGAAAAGGUUAUAGAAGGGUCGCCUGCUGAACGUGCUGGAAUACUCAACGGUGAUGUUAUUGUUCGAUGCGCACGCAACAAUGUUAGGAGUUUUUUGGAGUUCUGUGGUAUAAUAUGGGACAAGACGGCAGGGAAAUCUGAGAAGCUGGUUGUGAUAAGAGCAACAAGUGGUGGCCGUUUGAAGCUAAAGGUGAAGCUCGAAGAGAUUAGACGAGAAAAUUUUUAUAGGUGGCCGCUCCCUGAAGAAUGCAUGGUGGCUGUUAAAAGAGUUCGGAUGUAAACCCAUGAACAGUUGAAAGUGAUGUAUAUAUACCCUGCUAAUUGCAAUAUUUAUCGGAGUUGUUUAAUUAUGUUCUCCGUUGUUUUAUUUGCAUAGAAUUAUUCCAAUUAACUAUUCUCGUUUAAUUAAUUACCGUUAACUUA